GAAGAAGGUGGUGGAUGGAGAGAAACUGAAUAGAAAUCAGAAGUUCUAAAGAUGGAAAAACAAGCUACAGAAAGUCGUGAAGAGCAGGAAAAGAAAGAGAAAUUAGAGGGUCUUCCAGUUGAGGACAGCCCUUAUCUGCAAUACAAGGACUUGGAAGAUUACAAGCUAAAGGGCUAUGGAACUCAAGGCCAUCUCCAGCCAAAGCCUGGCCGCGGAGCCGGCGCCACCGAUGCACCCACUCUUUCUGGUGGCUCUGUCCCUCGAGAUGCUGAUGUUAGUACCAUUGAUGCUAUAACUAGUCGUCCCAAGAAGCCUUAAAUUUUAUUCCUCAAAAUUAAAAAAGAAAACCACCUUAGUUUUUUUUAGUUUUUUUUUUUUUUUUUGGAUGAAUAUAUAGAUGGGGAUUAAAUAAAGUUGGGUAAUUAAACUUUCAGCUUUCUUUUUUCAAAUUAAAAAAAGAUAAUAAAUAACAGUGAUUAAGGAAAAUGUGACCUGUGUAUAUUUGUAUGUUCUUUCUAUAAUUGAUGUGUUUAAUUAUAUAUCUUCUGUUCAUGAAGAUGAAA